AUGCAACACCAUCACCACAUCGGACAUAUCCAGGUAGUCCACACAGCUUUACUGGACCAUCUCACGCUGAAAAAAUCACUACAAUCGCGACCAUGUUGCCAAGAAAAAAAGCCCAAUCCAAGCUCAAGAGCCUGUUUACCUUGUCGUGAAAAGCAUCUCAGAUGCGACGGGCAAACACCAAUCUGCCAUCGUUGCGCGAGUACAGGCCUUACAUGCAUCUUCGUUCAAUCGCGCAGGGGUCGCCGAGGAGGAUCAUCGCAGGUCAAUCGAGCUACAUCGUCGACAACACUAUUGCCAACACCUGUGGUUGCGGGUCUUUGCGAGCAGCAAGAAAUGACCGACUCAUCAGUGUCAGAUUCUCAAUUGCAGAAUUCACUCAGUCAGCAGACAAAUAGUCAAAGCGAGGAUACUAUCUCAAUCCCACAAAUCGACAAUGGCGAUGCCAACGACCACUAUCUGAUCAGGCUGUACUACAAAUACAUUCACCCGGCGCAUCCUUUCCUCUUGCCCCAGAGGAUAUACCAAGAGAACCCAAAUGUCUUCCCAAACCAUCUCAAGCGUGCUAUAUGCUUUAUUUCAAGUCAUCACUCGGCUUCCGACACGGAGCAGCUUCGCGAUGCCAGCAAUACCGUGUUUAGCCCUGGUAUUACCAACGACGGAUUCAAGGUCCAGUCGCUUAUCCUUGUCACCCUUGCUUCAUAUGCUCGCUUCGAGAGAGACCGUGGCAAUCAGGCUCUCAGCACAGCGAUUGAUAUUGCCCAUCAGAUUGGCCUAAACUCAGAUGCUUUUCAUCAAGAUCACGAGCCUCUGUUUCGUGAGAGUUGGAGACGGACAUGGUGGGAGUUAUACACUAUCAGCGGACUCAUCUCGCUCAUUAGUGGUACCAACAUCAGACUAUCCCAGCCAGUUUCAAUGACACUUCCAUGUGACACCGAAGCUUACGACAUGUGUCAGGUACCUCGCAUGGGCGAUGUCAAAGAGAUGCAGCAAAGAUUCCGACUUGAAGCACCCGCCCAAUGGUCUUCAUUCGCUUACAAAAUCGAGUCCAUGUGCAUUCUAUCUAUGGUUCUGGAUGCAAAUAGCAAAGGGUGCUCUUCCACAAAACAGUUGGCAGAAGCCGCCAUCUCGAGCUGGUUGCUAUCACUACCAGAGGAGAAGCAGGAUAGCCUCCAACCAGAUGGUGAAGUCGACGAAGUCAUGUCCUGUGCGUUGAUGAUUAUACACCUCGCAGGGAUAUGUCUUCACCUUCCACAAUCACCCCUGGCGCAUGUCGGCGACUUUAGAACAGUCUGUGGCAACCAUCUUGGCCAAGCUAUCUCUGAAUAUCCAAAAGUUCACAAGGUCGCUGCUCUAAGAUCCGCCAAGGCCCUGGCGAGAUUAUUAACAUUUCAUCCAAGCGUGAAAACGCUCUCUCCAUGCUUUUCCUGCGCGAUAGCUUUCUCCUCCGCCGUGUUACUCGCCGAGUAUUCGACACAAACAUCUCCCAAGCCACUAUACUUAGGAGAGAAUUUACAGCUGCAGUUAAGCGCUCUCCAAUCGGUAGGCCAGACCUGGCCAAUCGCACGUGUUGUCAGAAGUCAAAUCGCAGGAUUUGCAAGAGACGUGAUGGACAAGGCUCCGCCUAGCAACUAUACCGAUGCUACCACAGAGCUGGCACCAAUUAUGUUGGACGAUCAAUGGUUUCAGGAUCUUUUGAACGAAAAUGCCAUGUUACCGGAGGAGAUGCAGGAUGGUCAAAGCUGA